AUGGGGAUGUUAGGUAAAAUUGCAAGUGGUAGACAUUUUUCUACCACCAAGAAUGUCGCAAAGAAAUUGAACAGAUACUCUCAGGUGAUUACCGAACCAAAGGACCAAGGUGCUUCACAGGCGAUGCUUUAUGCUACUGGAUUCAAAAAGAGUGACUUCAAAAAACCUCAAGUUGGUGUUGGCUCAUGUUGGUGGUCCGGUAACCCUUGUAACAUGCAUUUGAUGGACUUGAACAACAGAUGUUCAGCGUCAGUCGAAAAAGCCGGUAUGAAAGCAAUGCAAUUUAACUCAAUCGGUGUUUCUGAUGGUAUUUCCAUGGGUACUAAGGGUAUGAGAUACUCUCUACAAAGUAGAGAAAUUAUUGCAGAUUCAUUUGAGACCAUCAUGAUGGCACAACAUUACGAUGCUAAUAUUGCAAUUCCAUCGUGUGACAAGAAUAUGCCAGGUGUCAUGAUGGCUAUGGGUAGACACAACAGGCCAUCAAUUAUGGUGUAUGGUGGUACGAUUAUGCCAGGUCAUCCAACUUGCGGAUCACCUGCCAUUCCAAAGGACAUUGAUCUUGUGGCCGCUUUCCAAUCUUACGGUCAAUAUAUUUCCAAGCAAUUCACUGAGAAGGAAAGAGAGGACGUGGUGGAACAUGCCUGUCCAGGUCCAGGAUCUUGCGGUGGUAUGUACACUGCUAAUACCAUGGCUUCUGCAGCUGAAGUUUUGGGUAUUACUAUGCCAAACUCUUCAGCUUAUCCAGCAAUUUCGAAGGAGAAAAUCGCAGAAUGUGACAACAUUGGUGAAAGUAUAAAAAAAACAUUAGAUUUAGGAAUUCUACCUUCUGACAUUUUCACCAAGGCUGCAUUUGAGAAUGCCAUUACUUAUGUUGUUGCUACCGGUGGAUCCACCAAUGCAGUCCUUCAUUUGGUCGCAAUUGCUCACUCGUGCGGUGUUAAGGUGACCCCAGAUGAUUUCCAAAGAAUUAGUAAUAAGACGCCUCUAAUCGGUGAUUUCAAACCAUCUGGUAAACAUGUUAUGGCCGAUUUAAUUACAGUAGGUGGUACACAAGCGGUCAUCAAGUAUCUGUUCGAAAAUGGUUUCUUGCAUGGGGACACUCUCACUGUUACUGGUGAGACUCUUGCCGAGCGUGCGGCCAAGGCAACAAGCUUAAAAGAAGGUCAAACAGUCAUUAAACCUAUCUCUCAACCUAUUAAGACAAGUGGUCAUUUACAAAUUCUAUAUGGCUCCUUAGCACCAGGUGGUGCAGUUGGUAAAAUCACUGGUAAAGAAGGAACAUAUUUCAAAGGAAAAGCUCGCGUUUUUGAAGAAGAAUCAGCAUUCAUUCGUGCUUUGGAACGUGGUGAGAUCAAGAAAGGUGAAAAGACAGUCGUUGUUAUCAGAUAUGAAGGUCCAAAAGGUGGUCCAGGUAUGCCAGAAAUGUUAAAACCUUCUUCUGCAUUAAUGGGUUACGGUUUAGGUAAAGACGUUGCAUUACUAACAGAUGGUAGAUUCUCUGGUGGAUCCCACGGUUUCCUCAUCGGGCAUAUCGUUCCUGAAGCUGCUGAAGGUGGUCCAAUUGCUUUAGUCAAAGAUGGUGAUGAAAUUAUUAUUGAUUCCGAUAACAACAAAAUCGAUCUUUUGGUCCCUGAACAAGAAAUGACUGAUCGUAGAUCAAAAUGGACUGCACCAGCUCCUCGUUAUACAAGAGGUACUUUAUCAAAGUACGCUAAAUUAGUCUCUGACGCUUCUCAUGGUUGUGUCUUAGACUUAUGA